UAUAAAUAUACACCCAGAUAUAUUGUACAUUAUUCUAUGAUUUCCAGAUUCUAUAAUGUCGCACAAGGAAUCUGAGCUGAGCAAAGACAUCGUUAUAAUGCUUUUAGCGUAUGGUUCGGAGCUUAUACAAAAGGGAGGGAUUUUACUCAAGCUUAACGCAGUUACAAUCGCAACAGGACAAUCAAUAUUGCACAAGUUUUAUUUUAAUCAUAGUCUUAGGAAGUUCAAUAUUAGGACGACAGCAGCAGCAGCGUGUCUGCUAUCUUGCAAACUCGAAGAAAACCAUAGAAAAGUAAACCAUAUCGUAAAAGUUUUUGAAUUUCUACAAUAUUACGAAGGCAAGCAUAAGUGUUCUAGUUCUGGUCAAGAUUUUGACAAUCUAUCAAAGACAGACAUUCUCAUAAUAGAGAAGGAGAUAUUGGUAGAAUUCGCCUUUAGAUUGGAUGAAAUCAUAGUUUCACCUCAUAGAUAUGUCCUGCAAUAUACAUAUGCGCUUUUCCGAAAUUUGGAUCAGUACACAUCCCAAAGCGUAGAUCAACUGGCACAGAGAGCUUGGGGAUAUCUGAAUGAUAGCAUGAGAACAUCACUAAUUUGUGAAAUCGAACCUGGAGUGAUCGCAGUUGGCUGUAUAUAUUUGGCAUCUGCUUCGUUAGGAAUACCUCUUAAGAAGGACACAUUAUGGUUUGAAGUAUUUAAUGCAACUUGGAACGAUGUAAUCCAAGUUUGCAAGGCACUGGAUCACUUAUAUUCUAUGGGACCUGUUUAUUAUAUCGAUGUGAAUAGGAAAUUAUCCUAAGCGUAUUG